ACAUGGCAGCCUCUGUGUGCAAGGUUGGCACGCUGCUGACAGCGAGUAGGACAGCCCGGCUGCCAUUGGUAGCUUGUGUAAGGUAUAAAAAAUAUGAACCCAAGAACGAAAAGGACAACCUAAGCUGGGCCCUGCCCCUGGUGGAACAACACCUGAGGGAGAAGGCAGAAGGCCCACCUGCAGAAAAAGAACCCAGCAAGUUACUCAUGGUCUGGAGGACUAAUAAGCUGUUUGGAAGACCAUAUUGGGAGAAAAAGACCAUGAAAGAUUUAAGUCUAGAUGGAAAGAGGAACAAAUUUGUAAUUCACAAGAACAUACCGUCAGUCACCAAGAAGUUGAAGUCUGUGUUACACCUGAUAGAAGUGAUACCUGUGACAUUCCCUCAUGGACUGCCCCAGACAGAGGAGGAGAUGGCCCAUUGCUUACUGCAGGACAACGGCCACUUUGUGGUACAGAAAACCUUGCGGCCCCUCUCAGAGGUGCCCACAACAGAUGAGACUGACCCGCAGAAAACUGUGUGGAAACUCAACCCCGAGAUAAUACAAAAACAUUUGAGACGUAAAUUGGAUACGUAUCAGUUUCAUACAGAAUAUUUCAAGCCGAACUAUAGGUACAAAUACAAUCAGGAUGGCAAGGAACAUAGAUAUUUUGGUGACACGAAUGUUGGUGCAGGAAAAGAAUGGUUUUAAAAAAAACAUUUUUCAGUUUCAGAGUAGUAUGCAUACGUCUUGUGCGUGAAGUAGUGCUGAUAUUGGAGGUGUGAAAUAUAGUGAUUUUGAAUGUA